AUAUUACGGUUGAGCCACCGAACAAAAGCCGCUCUUGGACUCUAGUCCAACACAGAAAAGGAUCUCCGAGUCACAGAGCGGAGAACGGUUCAGAGGGCGAGGCGGAGACGAAGAAGUCAUCUUCAACUCAAUUCCCGUUCACGGAGACAAUUUCGAGACCCUCUGUCAAAUCUCCCGAGAGCUUUUAUGGCGGUUCCCGCGGGUUUCUAGGGUUUUGUGGGCGGCCGAGGAGGGAGGGAGGAGGGUUUUUCUCGAUGGACAUGCCCGGGAGGCGAUCCAACUACACUCUCCUCAGCCAAUACCCCGACGACCCGCUGCCCGCCGGAGCUCCCCUUCCUUACUACGAGUCCUCCCACUCCGGCGACGGCAAGAACGCCAAGGGGAAGGCCGAGAGGGGUUUAGAUUGGGACGCCACCGGCGAUCACAGGGGCAACCGGAUCGGGGCCUUGUACGCGCCGAUCCCGUUGCAGAGGGAGUCGAGCGGGAGUAGCUUCGGUGAGAGCUCGCUCUCGGGGGAGUACUAUGCGCCCACUCUGUCGACUGCGGCCGCGAACGAUAUGGACGUGUUUGGCUAUGGGCAUGAGGAUGGGUAUAGAAUUGGGGGCGGCGGCGUGGGAGGAGAACUGAGGGCGAAGGGGACGGACGUGGCGGUAGCGGUGGCAGCAGGCGGCGGCGGAGGAUCGUCGUCGGGGAAGAGCUGGGCGCAGCAGACGGAGGAGAGCUAUCAGUUGCAGUUGGCUCUGGCGCUCAGGCUUUCAUCCGAAGCCACUUGUGCCGAUGAUCCCAACUUUUUAGAUCCUGUUCCCGAUGAGUCUGCUUCGAGGUCUUCAUCUUCAGGUUCAGCUGAGGCGGUGUCGCAUCGCUUCUGGGUAAAUGGCUGCCUGUCAUACUCUGACAAAGUUCCUGAUGGGUUUUACCUUAUACAUGGGAUGAAUCCUUAUGUGUGGACAGUAUGUACUGAUUUACUGGAGAAUGGUAGAAUUCCAACGAUUGAAUCUCUCAAGUCUGUUGAUCCUUCCACCAACUCUUUGAUGGAAGUGGUUCUGAUUGAUCGGCGAAGUGACCUAAGCUUAAAAGAAUUCCAGAAUAGGGUUCUUGGCUUAUCCUGUAGCUGCAUAACCACUGAAGAGGUUGUAGAUCAACUUGCUAAGCUUGUUUGCAAUCUUAUGGGGGGCUCAGCUUCUGGGGGAGAGGAUGACUUAAUUUCAAUUUGGAUGGAAUGCAGUCAUGAUCUUAAGGAUUGCUUAGGGUCUGUUGUUGUUCCAAUAGGUAGCCUCUCAGUUGGUCUCUGCAGGCAUCGCGCCUUACUUUUCAAAGUACUUGCUGACGUGAUUGAUUUACCAUGUCGGAUUGCAAAGGGAUGCAAAUACUGUACAAGAGAGGAUGCUGCAUCUUGUCUUGUCCGUUUUGGACUUGAAAGGGAGUAUCUUGUUGAUUUGAUUGGGAAGCCCGGUCAUUUGUGUGAGCCUAGUUCUUUGCUCAAUGGACCAUUAUCCAUCUCAAUAUCAUCACCACUACGGUUUCCACGUCUUAGACCUAGCGACAUGACAAUUGAUUUCAGGUCAUUAGCCAAACAGUAUUUCGUGGAUUGCCAAACGCUUAAUCUUGUGUUUGAUGAUCCUUCAACAGGUCUUGUUGAUGAAGAUUUGUCCAGAGUCCCGCAGUCUGAUAGAAGGGACAUGGAAAGAAGUGGCAACAUGCAAAGCUCAAGCAGCAGUGAUGAAAACCCACAGUUGCUGCUGCAUGAAACAGCUGCUGAACCAAGUGCUGAGGAAGCUGAUUCCCAACAAUUUAAGUCUUGCAGUCCUCUGCAAAAUAUUGUACAUUCUGCAAAAUUUGGUGGGGAUCCAAUUCCCCGUAAGAACCUCCCUCCAAGUGGGCAUACAAGUUCUCGACCAAUAAUAGCCGUGCCUGGUCCAAGAGUGGAUGCCUCUAGAGAUUCAAGGUUUGCAGAUGGAGGUCUGUUUGUACAUCAAGAAGUAUCACUUGAAAUAGAGGAUCUAAAAAUUCCUUGGAGUGAUCUUGAAUUAAAGGAGAGGAUCGGAGCAGGGUCCUUUGGAACAGUUCAUCGUGCUGACUGGCAUGGAUCGGAAGUAGCAGUGAAGAUUCUCAUGGAACAGGAUUUUCAUGCAGAACGCUUUAAGGAAUUUUUGAGGGAGGUUGCGAUAAUGAAACGGUUGCGGCAUCCAAAUAUAGUUCUCUUUAUGGGUGCAGUCACCGAGCCUCCUAAAUUGUCCAUAGUAACUGAAUAUCUAUCAAGAGGCAGCUUGUACAGGCUUUUACAUAAACCCGGUGCGAGAGAAAUAUUGGAUGAGAGGCGUAGGUUGAACAUGGCACUUGAUGUGGCAAAAGGAAUGAAUUAUCUUCACAAACUCAAUCCUCCAAUCGUUCAUCGCGAUUUGAAAUCUCCAAAUCUUUUGGUUGACAAAAAGUAUACAGUUAAGGUUUGUGAUUUUGGUCUUUCCCGUUUUAAGCCAAGGACGUUUCUCUCAUCAAAGUCAGCAGCAGGAACUCCUGAGUGGAUGGCACCAGAGGUUCUCCGUGAUGAGCAAUCAAAUGAAAAGUCGGAUGUUUAUAGCUUUGGAGUAAUCUUGUGGGAGCUUGCAACACUGCAACAACCAUGGAGUAAUUUAAAUCCUGCACAGGUUGUGGCAGCAGUUGGUUUCAAGGGGAGAAGGCUUGAGAUUCCACGAGAUUUGAACCCUCAAUUGGCUUCUCUUAUUGAGGCCUGCUGGGUCGGUGAACCCUGGAAACGGCCGUCUUUCUCCCGUAUUAUGGAAUCUUUGAAGCCAUUGGUUAAACCUCCAUUGCCUCAACAAAGUCAUGUAAAUAUGCCGCUAAUUACCUAGACGAGUGCUGCUUGAGGAGUGUUGAUAUGACUUGGGACUUUUUGGGGCGUGGUCAUGCAAACCUUGUGACCCUCUGCGAAUCUUUCUUGUACAUUUCGCCUCGUCGUCAAGGAUUCGGACUAUUACAUUAGUUGCCCCGACAAAGUUAUGAUCAUUAUUUUUCUGAUUCCCCGUCAGAAUAUUAUUCUCGCAUUCUGUCAAAUCAUAUUGGUAAGAUGUAUAGCUAGCUAUUCCUCUCAUAAUUUUGUAUGUAAAGGUUGUAUCUACAAUUGUUGAUUGAGGGAACACUUGCGACGGCAAGAAGUUGGAGCAUUUUGCAAGA